AUGCGCAGUCUUCUCUCCAUAGUCGAAGCGGCGGACAACCUUCCCGCUCACCCUUCAUCUCCAUAUCCGACCCACUCGCCGGACGGCACGGAGCGAUAUGUUCCCUUCCACCUCACCUUCUCGGACUUUCAGGCUUCUCUCGCGCCUGUAGGCCUUCUUCGCCCCACAGUCCUCGCCGAGCUGCAAGCGGACGAUGGACAGGAAGAGGGAAGCCCGUGGCAAUUCUACUUGACCGCCAGUGCGUCCGGCUCUGAGGCAAAGCAGAAAGAGGGAAACGAAGGGAUGGAGGUUGAUGAGCACGGAGAGGACCUCGAUGUGGAGGUACAGUGCUGCUUCUUUGCGGACUGGGUGGUCAGGCAGGGAGAAGAGGGGAUGAGCCGAGUGAUGCGAGAGACGGCGGAACGGUGGAAGAAAGAGGGCAAGUUCGCGAAGCAGCUGGCUGGCUGGCGUAACGAGCUAUACCAGAUCUACGCAUCACCCAAGUCAUCCUUCUUCUCAUCGACUGCUCCUCAAGCACCCUUCGCCAAUAAAGCCUUCACGCUCGAACGCGCUGCAUGUGCUCUGUUCGGUCUCGCGACAUUCGGGGUCCACUUGAUGGCGUACGAGGGCGAAGGAAAGGAUAUGAUGCUCUGGGUGCCUAGGCGAAGCACGACGAAGCCCACGUUCCCCGGUAUGCUCGACAAUACGGUUGCAGGCGGGAUUCCAGCUGGGAUAAGCCCUCUCGAGAGUAUGAUCAAGGAGUGUCAAGAGGAGGCUAGUCUGCCGGAAUCGUUCGUCGUCUCCAGGCUGAAAGCCGCAGGAGUCAUCACAUACUUCUACAUCACGCCAGACGGGUACCUACAGCCAGAGCUAGAGUACAUCUACGACCUCCCCCUCCCCUCGUCUACCUCUGCCGAAUACAUCAAGCCCAAACCAUGCGAUGACGAGGUGGAAUCGUUCGCUUUGAUGAACGUCCCAGACACCCUGACCGCCAUGUAUGCGGGCGAGUUCAAGCCCAAUUGCGGAUCGGUUAUCGUCGACUUUAUGAUCCGGCAUGGGAUGGUCGCGACCGACGAUGAGCCGAACUAUCUCGAGAUCCGAUGGAGGUUAGCAAGGAGGCUGGGCGUGGCUGUACCGUCAGGGUAG